AAACAUUCAAACUGUCAGGCCUACUAUUUUCAGAACAUAUCUUUUUUAACAUAUAUUUUAUUGCAGACAGUUUUGGUGUAUUCCUGCGCGAUACGGUAGUCGGUGCGGCCAAUAGCGCAACUUGGCAAAUUGUCGUCUGAGCACGGCCGUCUCUCCGAUUCUUGCAUAUCAUCAGUAACACCAACUGCAUCGCCACCUCUUCAAUCCCAUUUGUCUCCUCCCUGGUCCGACUUUUCGAAAUCCGAAUUUAAGAUGGGGCGGGCAAAGACCGAUCUUACUAGCGCACUCCGAGGCAGACUGGGGAGAAAUUCACCACUCUCACAACGAAAACAAAUAUUUCUUCCCGAAUUCGUAAUAACUCUCAUCCGUACGCCUUUUCUUCCUCCCCGAUAUGCCUCCUUCAAGGUUCCUCUCAACUUCAAUAAAUUGGACAUGCGCGAUUAUAUGCAGCGGGUAUAUGGGGUCGAUGUCCUGGGUGUACGCAGCUACAUCCAACAAAUGAAGCCCACACGUAACCGCAAAGAUGGGAAUCCUGGUCAUGGACCCUGGCGUCGACCACAGUCUAAGAAGAAGAUGACCAUUGAGAUGACACAGCCGUUUGUGUGGCCGGAUCCUCCGAAGGAUGAUAGUCCAUGGGAUAAGGACAACUUUUACGAGAUUCAGAAAGAGAGUAAAGCGGAGCAAAGGUCGAGACAGCCAAAGGCGGCCAUGGAAGCACCAGAAAAGAAACGCACCGCACUCGAACAGCAAGCCAAGGACCUUCUCGAGGGAAAGAUAACUUGGAGGCCGACGUGGCAGGCUCUUGGACUACAGUACAACCGACCAUCUUUAAGAAGACUUGCUGUGAACAACAGCAACAACAGCAACAGUAAGGAAGAGGAAAGCAAGGAAGGGGAGAACAAGGUACAGGAAGAUAAUAAGCCGUCUUCUUCGGCGGGGCCAUAAAAUUUGGAUGAAUUUCGGAAUGUUCUUUUUUAUCAUCGGCAUACCACUUUUCAAUUUGUAUGUACCACCACGCAUAUGUAAUAUUUUCCUUACCAUUCCAAUAUUGAACGUGUCAAAAAAUGUAAGAUAGCUUGUCCUAAUUGUUGACUUGGCAUGAAAACUACAAU